AUGCCUCGUGCAUAUUACAAGCCAUUUACAGUGUACGAAGAGGCGGUGGGCUUCCACGGCACACGACGGAACGCGUAUUUUUGUUGUGCCUUACUUUUCGCGGGUCUGAUGUUUAAAAUAUUACUGCUUUCGCGGUACUCCACCGCAUCUGACUUCUCUGACUUGCCAUCUUUGAAGGACAAUCCUCAGUACUCCAAUUUGGUGGCGGAGCGCAUGGAGUUGGCGGAGAGCCUCGCCUCGCUGGAGGGCAUGCGACGGGCCAUGAAGAACCGUCGCGCUCCGCCGGCUUAG